AUGACCGUCACGUACUCCAGUAAAGUGGCCAAUGCCUCGUUCUUCAGUUUCCACCGUCUGCUGCUGAGAUGGAGAGGCAGCAUCUACAAGCUGCUGUACAGAGAGUUCCUGGUGUUCCUGGUGCUGUACAGUGCUCUGAGUGUGGUGUACAGGCUGGCGCUCUCCGAACGUCAGAAGAGGCAGUUUGAAAAACUCGCCAUGUACUGUGAUAAAUACGCCGAGCAGAUCCCCGUCACCUUCGUCCUCGGUUUCUAUGUGACUCUGGUGGUGAAUCGAUGGUGGAAUCAGUUUGUUAAUCUUCCGUGGCCGGACCGCCUCAUGUUCCUCAUCUCCAGGUACAAACUCUGUGUUCAGGGUAAAGAUGAAUACGGCCGUCUGCUGCGUCGGACGUUGAUUCGUUACGUGAACCUGACCUCGCUGCUGAUCUUCCGCUCCGUCAGCACCGCCGUCUGCAAGCGCUUCCCCACCAUGGAGCACGUGGUGGAGGCAGGGUUCAUGACUCCAGAGGAGAGGAAAGUGUACGAGAAUAUCCGCUCCCCUCACCUCAAAUACUGGAUCCCCGUGGUCUGGUUCUCUAAUCUGGCCGUCAAAGCUCGAGAGGAAGGACGCAUCAAGGACAGCAUCGACCUGCAGCUGAUUCAUCAAGAGAUGAACGUGUUCAGGACUUGGUGUGCGACGCUGUUCGGAUACGACUGGGUCGGCAUCCCACUCGUCUACACUCAGGUCGUCACCCUCGCCGUCUACACGUUCUUCUUCGCCUGUCUGAUUGGUCGUCAGUUCCUGGACCCGGCGCAGGGUCACCAGGGGCACGACCUCGACAUCUACGUCCCCAUCUUCACGCUGCUGCAGUUCUUCUUCUACUCCGGCUGGCUCAAGGUAGCGGAGCAGCUGAUCAACCCGUUUGGAGAGGACGACGACGACUUUGAAGCGAACUGGAUCAUCGACAGGAACCUUCAGGUGUCCCUGCUGGCUGUAGACGAGAUGCACAUGAACCUGCCUCACAUGACCAAAGAUAUCUACUGGAACGACUCUGAGGCUCAACCUCCGUACACACUGGCAGCCGCCGACUACUGCAUCCCCUCCUUCCUGGGAUCCACCACCGACAUGGGACUCUCUGAUAUCCUGCAGGUUGACGAGUCUGAAGUUUCCGACAAACGACAACAAGACCCGGUGUUGGUUUGGCACCAAAAGUCGGUUCUGGGUCGAGUGCGCCGGCUGCUGAGCGUUCAGGAGCCUCCAGAUCUUCCUCUUUCUCGACCUGCGUUCAAACGACACAGCAGUGACGCCACAGGAAUCUUCUUCCCAGACUUCAGGGUCAAUUCUCGUCCAGACAACAUGGGUCUCCCCUCCCCCAACAUGGACACCCUCUCCACUUUAAGGGAGGUCAGCAGUAACCCUCCCUCCCCUGAAAGCCCCCCCUCAGCGGUUUUCCCUCGACUCGUCGUCAGUCCACCGUUUUCCGGAGACGCCGGUCAAAACUUUGAAGCAGCAAAACCUCACAAUGGACUGGCUCCGUCGCCCAGUGAGGAGGCACUGGGCCUCGAGACCCCGAGGACCAGCUCUUCCGUCUGUUGCUCCCCCACCCAGCUGGGACCAAAGGAGUUUCGUUGGACGCACCACCCUCCCUCCAGACCUCGGGGGCGGCAGUUCUCGCUCCAGUUCUCCAGGCAGUCGUCCAAAGCGUCCGUCCGAAGCUUACCGAGCCCCAAAGGUCUGGGGAGGAGGAAACGAACGCUGGCUCGUUUCCAAUCCCGACGAUCCCCAGCGGACACUUUACAGCUUCCAGACCAAGAGCCAGACCCCGAGUACGACAACGACUUCCAGGGACUCGCAGGGACUGAAGACUACGAGAAGGAAGAGACCGAUGACAGCGAAGAGAUAAAAAAACAGGACUCCUAA